UUGCCUAUCUAUCUCUGCUAUUUCUGCUGCCUUCUUCUUGUAUUGUAAUUUGUAAAGCUUACGAUAUUACUCUUUCUCUUCUCUCCUAUACUUCCAUCCAUUUCUAUAAUUAAAAUGAACGAGGUGGUGGGAUUCAGAUUUCGUCCAACUGAUGAAGAAAUCAUCACGUAUUAUCUUGAAAUGAAGAUGAGCGGCCAUGAAUUCCCUUUCCCUACCGUUAAAGAAGUUGAUAUCCUUAAUUACAAUCCUUGGGAAUUGCGCGAGCACUCGCUACUCCCAGAUGAUCAAGUCUGGUACUUUUUCAGUGCACCUUCUAAAAAGUAUGCCAACAGUAAACGGACGGCCAGGACAACUAGUGAGGGAACAGGAUCCUGGAAAAUAACUGGUAGGGAUCGUGAGGUCAAGAACAGAGGUAGUGGGGAGGUGAUUGGUAUCAAAAAGACUUUGGUUUUCUACAAAGGUCGUAAUCCUGAUACAAUCAGAACCAGCUGGGUGAUGAAUGAAUUUCAUUCCAUCUACGCCGCUUCUUAUCAGAAGGAAUUUGUUCUUUGUCGCCUAAAAUUAAAAUUCGAUGAUAAGUCGGCUACUUUGCAAAAUGAAAGCAGUUUUCGGUUUAAUCGUGGGCAUCAUGAACCACAAAAUAUUGGUUCACCGGUAAGUAGGAAUCUGUCUUAAUCUGUAUUAUCAGAGUAUAAGAACAUGCCUAGAACUAAUGCUUGAUUAUUCAUUUUUACUCAAGGUAAACCGUGAGCUGCCAAUGGAACUAGAUAUGCUUGAUUCCAGUGAUGAGAUAAAUGAAGAUGACUUCUCUAUACUGCAAUCGUUUCUGCACCCAGAGCAAGGUUCUUCGCCGUCCAAUGGAUCUAAUAACGAAUUUAAUGUCAGGAGUUCUCAAUUAGACAUGAGUGACCAGGAUGACGAAUUUGUGAAUUCACUAUUGUCAACCGAUUUUCAACUCUAUGAAGAAACCAUUCACACCCGUCCUCAUGGGUGCAACCCAACACAGCCACUGAGAGGAGUGUAUGUUGGGGAUAGCAGUGAUAGUGACACCGAAACCCUCCAGGCACAGUAUGGGGAUGCUGGUUUGAAAGAAUACCAGCAGAUGCAAAAGAUUCGAGCAUCUACUGAAACUCUGCCUUCUCUCAAUCUUCAGACUC